AUGGGCCAUUUUAACCACAGGAUAUGCUUUAGAUGUAAUCAGAAAAAUACAUCGGAAAGGUCCUUCCUCCAAGGUGGACACAAAACCCAGGGAGUGCGGCUAUUCCCGAGGAGUACGUCUGGCAAAAGGGACCAUCCUAACAUUUCUCCUCCCUUUCUCCAGCGGGCCAGACCCUCAAGACCGCAGGAACACGAGCGUCAAGGGAGCGAAGCCCGCUGCCAAGUCAAGGGGUCCACCACCAUCAGCCCGUCCCGUCACUCGACCCCCACCCCCACCACGCAAGCCAGCAGGGUGACCUGGAGAGGCCUCGCCAGCCGCCCCUCUGAGAGAAGGGGGGACUGGAGCCGCGCUGCUACCUGCGCGCGGAAUCGCCGCGCGUCGCGAAUCCCCCUUCUCCACCCCCUCCCCACCCUAGCCCUGAGACCAGAUGCCCCAGGAUCCCGGCCUCUUACCCCACCGCCCGCGGAACGUUGGGAUUCGCGCCGGCAGCUAACCCAAGAAGGCGCCUGCGCGCUCGCCCCCGUGGCGGAGCGCUUCUCUCCGCCUUCCGCCUCCGCGUGCGCGCGCCCCGCGCGCGGGAGCGAGCCCGUCGAACGUAAGGGGAGGGGCCGGGAAAAGGCGCGGAGAGGCGGUGGCCGGCUUAGGAGGCGGAGCAGCGGGGGCUGGAACCCGAGAGGCCUCCCACCCCGGUUUAGGCUUGGGGCAGGUGGAAAGCCCCUUGCUCUUCUUUCCCGGGAUGAUGGCCAAGUCCUGAGCGGCUGCUUAGUCCACGGAUUCCUGUCAGGGGCGCGUCCUGGCUCCCUUCGCAGAGUGGAGAGCCCUUGGCUAAUCCUCACCAGCGGGCAGUGGGUCUUCCUCUGCGACUGUGCUCUCAAGGAGCCAGGAAGCCAACCUGCUUCACAGUCUUCAAGCCAUACGCCUACGGAGAAGAAUGUAUUAAGGCUGCAACAAGAGCAACUUUAUCAUAAAGUCAUAAUUCCUGAUGUAUGUGGAAAGGUGAUGCUGUUGAAGUACCAUCAAUAA